AUGCCGAUUCCAUUUUUGGUAUUCAUAGUCCGCCGCCAUGGCAACAGCGGCAACAGCGGUAAUGGCGGUAACAGCGGUAAUGGCGGUAAUAGCGGUAAUAGCGGUAACAGGCACGCUUCUCCCUCGUUGCCAAUGACACUCCACACGCCAAAUGACAAUACGAGUGAUAAUGUUCCUGACGAUGUACUUCAAUUCAAGUUGCCAUCGCAACACCUACCUGGCUCCGAUCGCUUUUCCAAGCUUUUAGCUCGUGAACAAGUGAUUAUUGAUAUGAUCACCCAGGCGUUGGUUGACACGCCUCCUGGAACCUUUCAUGCUGAAGCAACCAGUUUUAUUAAAACCGAGUGCGAUGUGCUUUACGUAUCAAAGUUGGAUCAAACGCCUAUCAUUGUCGAGUUUCAGGGCAAAGUGGAUCAAAGCUUUAUGACACGUGCCAUUGGCUAUUGCUUGGAUGUCACUCGAAUCACGAAGCAACUACCGAUCCUCUUGGUGUUUUGUCUGAAAAGUGCAUCACGUGUCAUAUCAAAGACAUUCGACCCUUCAUCAGCAAGCAAGCCUUGGCUAUUGUAUUCAGAAGCAGCAACGCAUUAUGCAACAAAGUUUUACAUGGUGACACCCCAAAGUAUCGAGCCAUGGGUACAAUCCUCCUCCUCUGGUAUCAACAACAACCUUGAUCCACUGCUGGCUCUUGCACACUUUGUCAUCUCAGCCCAACCCAGUAUCAUUGGUAUGACAAGAUGGGAUGAUCCUAGCAUUAUACGACUUUACAAGCUUGCCAUGCACAUCUCACCCAGCGACCACAAGAGCGAGAACAACCGAAUAACGGCUCUACGUGAAAUGGCAGACACUGCAGAAAAGCAAUUUGAAAAGACGGCUUUGAAUAUUAUGACGGAUCCACACAAAUCAUUGCAAUACGCUGAAGCGGGUGUCUCUUGGGCAAAGUCCUUGAAAAGGAAAUAUGAUCGUAUUGCUUCGGCAACAGCAGCUGAUGAUGAUGAUGGUGAACGAAAAGGAAGCAUCACGCCCAUGUCAGAACCUUCAAGCGUGGUAGAGCCCGACAAGGUCUAUGGUUCGAGUGCUGCUGCUACUACUACUAUGGCUGAUCCAAAUACUCUUAUCGAAGCCAUCAUGAACCACGUCCAUAAAUACAUGGCGAGCAAAUCAGGCAGGAUGGAUUGGAGGGAUUGUUACAAAGAAGCCAUAUCCAAGAUACCAAACGUUGAUAGGCAUUACACCAAUGCCUCUUCCUUCAAAGCUACUUAUUACAAGAACAAGAAACAACAAAAAGAGUAA